UCCCAAGCAGCCAGCACAGCAUCGGCGCGCAUCUACAAGACGCUUCGAACAACCCACAUACCUCGAACACGUCUCCAUCGUCUGCGUGUAUUCACGCCGUGACAAUCGAACUUGCACUGAGCCGUUCCGGACGAAGCAGCAACCAUACGGCCGAACUCAUCACCCGUUUCUUGACCGAACACAUACAUCCGGAGCAUCCAGUCGGAGUCUGACGUUCCGAUCGGACAAGGCGAUAACACAUACACAAUGGCGGCAUCGGCACUAAACGAAGAGCGAGAACUCGCCAUCCACCCAAUCGUCGCAAGCAGCGUACAGCACAACACCCAGGUCAUCUCCAACAUCCGCAGUCUCACCGCAUCACUCUUCGGCGUCGCCGCAGGCACAUUAGGCCUCGAGUCUUACACAGGCUUCAUAUUCUACCUCCUCGGGUCGCUCGUGGUAUCAGCGCUGCUAUUUGCGCUCAAGACAAAUGGCAAGCCCGGCGCAUACUUCUACCGGCCGCUGGGUGAUUUGUGGUUGGGCGAUGUGUUUGGGGGUUUGAGUGGAUUCGUCCUUACUUGGACGCUGUUCUACGGCUUGGUCAGAGCAUGAAAAGGCAGAGCCGGAUGUUGUGAUGUAAAUGGACAAUCGGAAUGAGGGUAUUUGGAUACCAUGAAUGGUAUAAUAUCGAUGGCUUGGAGAAGCGCUGGGCUUCAACGCUUGCGUGGUGGACACGGCCGCAAGUGACAGAUGCACGAGAUACAAGCAUGUGGCCAUGGAAAGAAGCACUCUGCGGCAGGUCAGAGGCUGUGCAGUAAGCGCAGCUGGUCGAGUGAGCGAGCAGUAAUCGGAGGGGCGACGAGUGCUCUCAAGACGAGGAUGGGUUGUUUCCACGUUGUCUCAUCAUGAUACCCACCUGAAUACAUCAAUUCGCGAUGUAUAAUUUCUAAACCGAUUGAUAUGAUUACGCAUCUUCUCAAAUGUUGCAAGCCUUUUAGUAGAAGCACACUGCCGUAUCAGACACUCGAGUAACAAUGGGCGUAUCAUUGUCAGGGGCAAAUCGUACCCAAU